AUUUUGUCAGCCAUUUCCUAUACGGAUUCACUGCCAGUGUCUGCACAGUUAUAGUACACCCCAUCUGGCUUCUCCUUCUCUGCCCGGGAUUAGUAAACAAUUACGAAUCCCGAAAAAACGGUAUCCGGGUGGAUGAGAGACUGUCUAGCGGGCCGAUUAGCAUCCAAAAGACUUCUACCAGGCGCUUUGUCCCCGAGGACAGAAGCGACAAAAGUCAGCCAUGGCUUUGAAGAUUGUUAAAGGGAGCAUCGAUCGGAUGUUCGAUAAAAACCUUCAAGAUUUAGUACGUGGAAUUAGGAAUCACAAGGAAGAUGAGGCUAAGUACAUCUCCACCUGCAUUGAUGAGAUCAAGCAGGAGCUCAAGCAGGACAACAUUGCUGUCAAGGCCAAUGCUGUGUGCAAACUCACCUACUUACAGAUGCUGGGAUAUGACGUCAGCUGGGCUGCAUUCAACAUCGUGGAAGUCAUGAGCUCCUCCAAAUUCACAUACAAGAGAAUUGGUUACCUGGCUGCCUCCCAGUGCUUUCAUGAGAGCACUGAUGUCAUCAUGCUGACAACCAAUCAGAUCCGAAAGGAUCUGAGCAGUCCUAACCAGUACGACACUGGCGUGGCUCUCACUGGCCUCUCCUGCUUCGUGACCCCUGACCUGGCUCGGGACCUUGCCAAUGACAUCAUGACUCUUAUGUCCCACACAAAGCCGUACAUCAGGAAAAAGGCAGUCUUGAUCAUGUACAAGGUGUUCCUGAAGUACCCAGAGUCUCUGCGCCCUGCUUUCCCCAGGCUGAAGGAGAAACUGGAAGACCCUGACCCUGGGGUCCAGUCAGCGGCUGUUAAUGUCAUCUGUGAGCUGGCCAGGAGAAACCCUAAGAACUACCUGUCUCUUGCCCCGCUCUUCUUCAAGCUCAUGACCUCCUCCACCAACAAUUGGGUCCUCAUCAAGAUCAUCAAGCUGUUUGGUGCCCUCACACCCCUGGAGCCUCGCUUGGGGAAGAAGCUGAUUGAGCCCCUAACAAACCUCAUUCACAGUACCUCGGCUAUGUCACUUCUAUAUGAAUGUGUCAACACUGUAAUAGCAGUGUUGAUUUCCCUGUCCUCUGGGAUGCCAAAUCACAGUGCUAGUAUUCAGCUCUGUGUCCAGAAACUGCGAAUCCUGAUUGAAGACUCGGACCAGAACUUGAAGUACCUGGGCCUGCUGGCCAUGUCCAAGAUACUGAAGACUCAUCCCAAGUCUGUCCAGUCCCACAAGGACCUCAUCUUGCAGUGUCUGGAUGACAAGGACGAGUCCAUCCGCCUGAGGGCUCUAGACCUGCUCUACGGCAUGGUGUCCAAGAAGAACUUGAUGGAGAUAGUGAAGAAGCUGAUGUUGCACGUCGACAAGGCUGAGGGAACCACUUACCGAGAUGAGCUGCUCACCAAGAUCAUCGACAUCUGCAGCCAGAGCAACUACCAGUACAUCACCAACUUUGAAUGGUACAUCAGUAUCCUGGUGGAGCUUACCCGUCUGGAGGGCACCCGGCAUGGCCACCUCAUUGCCUCCCAGAUGCUGGACGUGGCCAUUCGGGUCAAGGCCAUCCGAGCCUUCGCUGUGGCCCAGAUGGCUACUCUACUGGACAACGCCCAUCUGCUUACCGGCAACACACAGCGCAACGGCAUCUGUGAGGUUCUCUAUGCCGCCGCCUGGAUCUGUGGAGAGUUCUCAGAACACCUGGAGGAACCCAUGGCAACAUUGGAGGCCAUGCUGCGGCCCAAGGUGGCCACCCUGCCGGGCCACAUCCAGGCCGUGUACGUGCAGAACGCUGCCAAGCUGUUUGCCACGGUGUUGCGUGGCCAGGAGGGGGCGCCAGCGGACAGCACGGUGGCCCAGGAGACAAGCCAGCUGCUCAUUGACAGGCUGCCUCUGUUUGUCCAGAGUUCCAACCUGGAGGUGCAGGAGCGGGCUUCAUGCAUCUUGCAGCUGGUGAAGUAUAUCCAGAAGCUGCAGCAGAAGGACGUGGAGGUGGCUGAGGAAGUGACUGCUCUGUUUGCUGGGGAGCUCAACCCUGUGGCCCCCAAGGCACAGAAGAAAGUACCUGUUCCUGAAGGUCUGGACCUGGAUGUGUGGAUCAACGAGCCUCCGUCUGGGAGUGAGUCUGAAGAUGAGGGCAGGAAGUCCAAGGGCAAGGCUGUGUUUGCCAAGGAGGAGUCCAGACACACCAAGCCACGCUACACUGAGGUGGACGAGAAGGAACUGGCCAAGAGGAGAGAAGUAAGGAAGGCAGAGCAGGCCAACAACCCAUUCUACAUCAAGGCCUCCCCCUCCUCUCAGAAGGUGUACCAGGAUGGUGUUGGUGUGGAGCACAUUCCAGUGGUGCAGAUUGACCUCAGUGUGCCUCUUAAGGUCCCAGGGAUGCCAAUGUCAGAUCAGUAUGUGAAGCUGGAAGAGGAGCGUCGGGAGAAAAACAAGGCGAAGAAGAAGAAGGACAAGAAGAAGAGGGAGAAGGACGAGAAGAAGGGCGAGAAGGGCCGCCGGAGGAGGGGGGACUCUGGCCCAGAGAGCGAGGAGGACAUCACCCCCGCACACAUGGUGGACAUCGUCACUGAGGAGAUGCCAGAGAAUGCCUUACCCAGUGAUGACGACGACAAAGAUCCCAACGACCCCCACAAAGCUCUGAACAUCGACCUGGACAAUUUGCUGGCAGCAUCUCGCAGGCCCCUGGCAGACAGUGAGAAGAAGCUGCCAGUCAGGUCGCACCGUCCCGACGAGGUCCUCAAGAGCCCCAUGGAAGACAGGCAGGUGGUGGAGGUUGCUCCAGAGCCCAAGAAAAAGACCGGAAAGGAGAAGAAGGAGAAGAAGGACAGGAAGAAGAGUAAAGAGAAGAAGAAAAAACACAAACAAGAGGAAGAGGAGGAUCUUAUGGGCGCUGGGUCAGAGGAGCCUGUCCAACCAGAAGAGACCAAGGAGGUGGCAGCCCCGCCUCCUGCCUCUACACCAGAGGCUUCGGAUCUGGAUUUCUGGCUCUCAAAUGCUCCGGUGCCCUCUAACCCUCAGGCAGCAGCAGAAGCUCCCCCUGCCUCCACCCCUAGGACGGCAUCUGAUAUGGCUGCCGUGGCAGCAGACUCUGAGCCUGAAGAGGCCAAAGACACUGAGCCGGAGGAGACUAAAUCCUCCAAGCACAAGAAGAAGAAGAAGCAGAAAAAAGAGGAGAAGAAAAAGAAGCACCAUCAUAAUCGCCAUAGCGAUGGCGCCGGAGACGAGUCUGUGCAGAACGGCACUGUGGAGGAGGAGGAGCCUCUGCCGCCCAUGUCCAAUUACGCCCUGCUGGCUGAGAACUCCUACAUCAAGAUGAUGAAGCAGGAUGCUGAUAAGGUGUGUGACAUCCAGGGGAAUCUGCAGGACGGUAGCCAGGUGGUGGUCUCUGUCAUAUUUGAGAAUAAGUGUGACAGCUUUAUCAAGUCCAUGGAGUUCAACGUGCUGGACUCUCUCAACUCCAAACUGCAGCGGCCUGAUGGAGCUGGGCCACACGACGGCCUCACCGUGCCCUUCCAACUGCCCCCCGGGAUCUCAAACGAGGCACGCUUCAUCUUCUCAGUGCAGAACAUCGUGAUGCCCCAGAAACUGAAGGGAACCCUCACCUUCAUAGUCAAGACUGAUGAUUCCUCCACUCACGAGAAACUGGACUUUAAACUGCACUUUACCUGCACCUCCUACCUGAUCACCACUCCCUGCUACAGUGAUGCGUAUUCUAAGCUGUUGGAGUCAGGGGACCUGAAGGGGUGCUCUCUGAAGCUGGAGGGAGUUAAUCAGCCCUUCCACCAUCUACUGGCCAGAAUCUGCUUCCACCACCACUUCUCUGUUGUGGAGAGGAUUGAUUCCUGUGCCUCCAUGUACAGCAGGUCAAUCCAGGGUCACCAUGUGUGUCUGCUGGUCAAAACUGCUGAUCACACCGUGUCCAUCGACGCUAAAUGUGACGAGCCGGGGCUGCUUGGGAAUGUGCUGGAUGAGAUCAAACUCACCUUUUCUCAGUGCUGAUUGUGUCUGACAGCCACUUGGUGCCCCCCCUACCCCCUGUUAAACCCCCUCGCUCGCUGAAACACACACUUGUAUGAUCACAUUUCAAACACUCCCAAUUUCACCCUAUUUAUUCAUCUUCAGAUUCACAACUCUUCUUUCUUCUCUCACUUCCCCCCUGCACUCAAUUGUUCUUUCCCCAUCAGUAACUUGCUCUAUGCUCACUCCCUCUGUGCACUUUUAGUUCCUCUUCCUCGUUUCAAAUCUCUUUUCCACUGUCAAAAAACUGGUUUCACCUGCUCCCCAAUCCUACACCUCUGACUGAACUCGUGCCCAUUCCCUCUCGCUCAUCGGCAUUACAGUCUGUGACGGUCGUGUAAUGUAAUCUGACAACUGGACUUUUUUUGUUGGUUGAAUUGUGUUUUUACUGUUUCAGGUUGUUUCUGUUUGUUGCUGUUUUUGUUGAUUUCUGACAUCUUUCUGCGACCCCCUUGCAUUAAACAUCAGUGUGUUACUACUACUCUCUAUAGUCCUGGUAGCAUGUGUGACUCCCUCUGACUGGCCCUAGAUGGAAACAUCAUGUAAACUCCUCCCUCCAUCCUGAUCUGACCUCCUGCCUGAAGGAGACUGAACUCCUGAGACCCGGUGUCCCUGCUCCAACUGUGCUAAACUUCAGUUUGACCCGUGUCGCUGUAACAUAUCAAUCCCUGUAAGAAUUGAAAAUGCCUGAGCUGGAAAGUUAUACUAAGAGUGUGUUGGAAUCAUCUCAAAGCGUAGCCGUACUCGAAGAUAAUGUUUCUGCAUCUGUCUUGCUCUGUCUCCUAUUCUAGUCAUGGGUAGAAUGGUAUCUUUUUACAAUUGUCUGAUUUAUUGCUUUGAUUAUGCUGUAAUGGUUGACGGAUAUUUAACUGCUCAUCUGCUGUGCUGUUCUAGACCUCUAUCUCUCUUGCCUCAGGCAUGUCUACCACAGUAUCUGUAAUGAGUGACCGAAUAAUAUAGAACUUCUCAUUG